CCCCACUGUACAUACCAUACUCCUCAUCACAUCAAAUCAUUUCAUCAUCUCAUUACAAAAACCCCACUCAAAUAAUUAGCGAAGAGCUCUUCCAAAACAGUUCUCCACAAAAAUAUCAAGAAAACAGAGAAACAUGGAAACGUCGUCGUUUAACCCAUCUUCUCCGGCGAACCUCCCCUCCUUCCUCCUCCUCUUCGUCACCGUCUACCUCCUCGGCUACUUCCUCAUCUUCCGCUCGUGGAAAUCCUCCCACCUCGGCGCCAGCUGCCUAAUGUCUCUCCUCCACGGAACUCCCGCCGUCGUACUCGCCUCCCACGCGCUACUAACAACCCCACGCGCCUUCGCCUCCGCCAACACCGCCGUGGAGUCCACCGUCCUCGACUUCAGCAUGGCCUACUUCACCGUCGACCUCCUCCACUACCUCGUCUUCCUCCCAAACGACUUCCUCUUCAUCCUCCACCACGUCGCCACUCUCUACGUCUUCGCCACGUGUCGAUUCUACGUAGGCCACGGGGCUCACGCGCUCCUCCUCCUCCUGGUCUUGGCGGAGGCCACGAGCGCGUGCCAGAACGUGUGGACGAUCGCAGGGUACAGGAGGAACGACGUCGUGUUGGCGAGGAGGGUGAGGGAGGUUUUGUCUCCUCCUUUCUACUUGUUCUACACUGUGGUUCGUGGGCUGGCUGGUCCCGUGGCGUUGUAUGAUAUGGCGUCGUUUUAUGGGAGUGGUGGCGCGGAGGGAGCGAUUCCGCGGUGGGCUUGGGUGUCGUGGCUCGUUGUGAUUGGGUCGGCGAUUGUGCUUAGUGUGUUGUGGGUUUUACGGAACUGGGUUGAUUGGUUUAGGGAGAAAAACUCUGGCAAGAAAUUUAAAUGAUUUUUUAAAAAUUUAUUUAUAUUUUUCAACGUUUGAUUGAUAUAAGUCUAGAUAUAUACCAGUGUUUAUAAUGGAUUUAUUUGAUUGUAUUUGUGUAAUGUAUAUUAAUGAUCUUAUUCAAAAAAAAAUGUAUAUUAAUGAUGACAUUAAU